GAGUCUGUAAUAAUGGGCGAGGCAUUGAAAGAGAGCCUUAUGGCUUCGGUUCACUCCACCGUGUUCAAAGAAUCAGAAACGCUUGAAGGGAAGUGCAUACAGAUUGAGGGUUAUGACUUCAAUCGAGGAGUCGAUUAUCAUCAGCUUUUGAGGUCCAUGGUCUCCACUGGAUUUCAAGCCUCCAACCUUGGGGACGCCAUCGAAGUGGUUAAUCAAAUGCUAGACUGGAGGCUCUCUGAUGAGACUAUACCUGAUGAUUGCGACGAGGAGGAGAGAGACCAAGCAUAUAGAGAGUCUGUCAAAUGCAAGGUGUUCCUCGGUUUCACUUCCAACCUUAUCUCGUCUGGUGUCAGAGAUACAGUUCGUUAUCUUGUUCAGCAUCACAUGGUCGAUGUAGUAGCGACAACAGCUGGUGGCAUAGAGGAAGAUCUUAUAAAAUGCCUUGCGCCUACAUACAAAGGUGAUUUUUCCCUGCCUGGAGCUCUCUUGCGCUCGAAAGGAUUGAACCGCAUUGGUAACCUGUUGGUUCCUAAUGACAAUUACUGUAAAUUUGAGGACUGGAUAAUUCCAAUAUUUGACCAGAUGCUGAGGGAGCAGAAAGAAGAGAAUGUAUUAUGGACCCCUUCUAGGGUGAUUGCUCGCUUGGGGAAAGAGAUUAAUGAUGAAAGGUCAUACCUUUAUUGGGCACACAAGAAUAAUAUUCCUGUCUUCUGUCCUGGGUUAACGGAUGGCUCACUGGGAGACAUGUUGUACUUCCACUCCUUCCGUAGUCCUGGUCUAAUCAUUGACGUAGUCCAAGAUAUUAGGGCCAUGAAUGGCGAAGCAGUGCAUGCUGGCCCUAGAAAAACUGGAAUGAUAAUCCUAGGAGGAGGGAUGCCUAAACAUCACAUAUGCAAUGCUAAUAUGAUGCGAAAUGGGGCGGACUUUGCUGUCUUCAUCAAUACAGCCCAAGAAUUUGAUGGAAGUGAUUCUGGAGCUCGGCCAGAUGAGGCUGUUUCUUGGGGAAAAAUACGUGGGUCUGCCAAAAUUGUUAAGGUACACUGUGAUGCUACCAUUGCUUUCCCUAUACUGGUUGCUGAAACAUUUGCUUCAAGGAAAGAAUUAAUUCAACAAGACUAAGGAUCUGAUACAAAUUUUGGGGAGUAAAGACUCUUGCCCAUUUAUCUUUCGUUGCUAAUUCUUGACCUGGCUGUCAGGUACCGGCAACUGAUUAUAGUUGUUACUCGGUUGCAACAUUAUAUGCUUAAAUCAUAUUUGGAGGACUAGCUCC